AUGUGCCAACUGAGGCAACAAGAACAGUGCCGCCCCACCACACGUCUCGGUUACGAGGAAGAUACCGAGCCGGAGCCAUCUUUGCAGCAACAAGUUGCAAGGGCCUCGGCUUCCUCAGCAGUCAAGCGCAAGCAUUAUCGUAUGGCUAUGAAGGCUACUGGGAAGGCGCUGGCAGAGUAUGGGACCACUCGAGACAUGGUGAAUGCCGUAUGCGAUGCGUUGGACGCGCACAAGGAGCUAUAUGAGGAUACCGGUCUGUUGCAUCGCGACGUCAGCCCAGGCAACAUCUUGAUCAUGCACGGCGGUUGUGGCACACUCGUCGACUGGUUGUACAGCAAGGAUAGCACCCAUCCUUCCCGAGUGCCAAUGAAAGGAGGGCUCGCGUGUGAACCAUUCAGCUCUUACAGACUCCAGCGCGAUACCGGCAAGCAGCCCUACCUGUACGACGAUCUGGAGUCGUUCCUAUGGGUGACGCUAUAUAUGAUCGUGUGUUAUCGACCCUUGCCCUUCAGUUCGGCCGCGCUACAAAGUGUCAUACAAAGCACGUUCCACUCACCAAGCCCUGCAGGUAUGGCCAACGAGCGCUGUCGAAACCAGCGCGGCGUUGGCAAGAUCCAGUUCCUUCGUGGCGAGUGGAUUGACAACGCGGUGGCGCGGUUCAGUGCAUACGAUGGAAUUGUCCCGACUCCUGUCACGGCUCUCCUCCAACGCCUGACCGAGAUAUUCAGUCCUCUCUACCCCAAGCCGUCGAAUAUCGACUAUGGAAACGAGAGAGAAAGAUCUUGGAUGGCUCAGAAUCUUAUCGUUCGCCUACCAGCCGGCUUCACCCGGGGCAUGGGUCGCAAACAAGCCGCUGUAGCCAAGGCCGCGUAUAUCGCUCAACAUAAGGCAGCAGGCACGCUGGAGUUUGUGCAGCCUCCGACCAUUCCACCCCCGCCGGAGAUCGACUACAGUCAAGUUUCCACGCACACGACCGUGCUGCAGUAUUUCACAUACGCGACGAUUCAAGACGAUCUUCUUUGGGAUAUCGGCGACUGCGCGGAUAAGGCGCUUAAUCCUCCUGCGCUUACGAGGAGCAUCAAGUCCAGAAGACCACCUGUCCCCGUUCUACAUAGUGUGAUGUGA